UCGAAGGGUACGUGCGAAACGAUCGCUGGACGAUUGAUCAAUAAUUAUAUGGAAAUUCGUUGGAAGAAAGCAGAACGAUGCCACAUUCCGAGUCAAGGUAGACAUCCAUCGAGGUAAAACAGUGGAAAAGGUUGCGGAACUGAUGCAGAAAGAGCGAAUGUACGGGGUAAUGCAGAUGUGCUGGGCGCUACAACGUAAAUUCCACACAUAAUGGUAAGUUUUAUUUCUACUUCUUUAAGAUUCUUCGUAAUCUGAGCGAUUAUUUCUUAACUUAUCUCUUAAACUCUCUUUGAUAUGAAGCUUAUUCAAAAUCAGUCAUACAAUUCUUAUAAAUUUUAAUUUUCUUAAAGUUUUUUGUACUUUUCGAUAGUUUUAAAAACCGACAGCCAUAUUGGAAUUGACGUAAUCUUUUUUGGGAUCUAGGCUCGGUGAUUAUUAAAGAGUUUUGACGUUAUUACUUUGACCUUCCGGGCUGCAGAAGUACUCACGCCAAUUCCCAACUAUGGCUAUCAGUCUUUAAUAAUUCCUCGUCGGUGUCAAAAUUCAUAUAUCGUCGAUAAUAUUGCGCCAAGUACGAUUCUCGUAAUUCGUAAUUCGCGGGGAGACCACGUGACCGUCGCCGCCUUUUCUCUCCGCCGCGACCCUAGUGGAAGAACGUGGCAGCGUUGCCGCCAGUCGGCCGUGGCUCUUGGUCAGUGCCGGCAACGUUGUUUGGUACUGUGGGCUGUCGUCGUUGUGAUCGUGACGGCGCAGUGUGCGGCACUCGUGCGGUCAAACACACCCAAUGUUUGUGUUUUCAAGUUCCUCGUGAUACGGUAAAUCGUCGUCGUCGUCGUGCUUGUCACGCGCGCAACCAGUGUGACACGUCCGCGCGCGCCCACGAUACUAGAACGCGCCGAAGGGGCAUGUAGUUAUCGGCGGUGCGACGUCGUCGGCGUCACCGUCGGCCCUCGAGAUGUGGACGACGACGAAGACCACGAAGUACGGCGUCGCUGUGUAUAACUGGCGAGGGGACACGCGCUAUGGGUUGCCUCUGGAAAUCGGAGAAACCGUUCAGAUCCUGGAAGAAUGCGCAGGCUGGUACAGAGGAUUCUCGACGAAAAAUCGCGCGGUGAAAGGGAUUUUCCCGAGUUCCUACGUGCAUCUGAAGCCCUGCAAAAUUGACAAUGAGGGCCUGUUCGAGUCCGUCAUACCGCUGGAGGACCCGGUGGUCCGCGAAGUCACCCUGGUCCUGCGCGAAUGGGGCAGCAUCUGGAAGAGGUUGUACGUGGAGCGUGAGGAGUACAAAUUCAACGCGUUGCGCAAAGUGAUGCGGGAACUGCUGGAAUGGCGACGACAACUUUUGGCUGGCACCCUCACCACCGAUCAGACGCGGGAGCUGAAGCUGCGAAUAAUCAAUAAAGUGGAUUGGGGGAAUCGAAAACUUGGCUUGGACCUGGUGCCACGUCAAGGUUCUCACAUGGUGGACCCGGAUACCAUGUCCGUUGUGGAGUUAUACGAUGUGCACGUGCAGAGCGCCGAAAACUCUCAGGGCGCGUCCGCUCGAGGUACUUUGCGCCGCAAGGAGCACAAAAAGGUUCUCACGCAUCAUCUGUAUUUCUGCAUGCGGGACUUUGGCCACUCGGUUGGUGAGGACACCGAGAUCUAUUUUUCCCUGUUCGAUGCCAAGCGACAGCAGUAUCUGAGUGAGCGAUUCUUGGUGCGCAUCAGCAAGGAAGGCUUCUCCAAUUAUGUGGAAAAGAUGCACAGUAACUGCACCAUCUUCACGGACCUGGGCAACUCCGACCUGAGCCGUGAUCUCUACAUGAUCGCCCACGUGAUGCGCUGCGGCCGGAUGCUGUACUCCGAUUCCGGUAAGAACAAGACUGGCACCGCGAUCUACAGGCGGCCACAUGGGGUGGCGGUUCUCUCCCUGGCGGAUGCGGCACAGGACCACGCGGAGGAACUCGAGAUGACUUUUAAGGUUUAUCAAGGAGAAGAAAAAGAAUUUCAUCAGCUGCACGAGCAAAUUAUACGCAACAACAAGUGCUCUCCUCUUCCCGGACAGCCUAAUUAUGGGAUAGUGGUAUCUUUGCGUAUUCUACACGGUGAACUGUCUCAGGUUCGGGAAGAGAAUCCAUUGUUAUUCAAAAAUAUCUGUCUUACAAAGAAACUCGGCUUCUCGGAUGUUAUUAUGCCGGGCGAUGUACGUAAUGAUUUGUAUCUGAAGCUGGAACGUGGUGAAUUCGAACGCGGUGGAAAGUCUACUGGCAAGAAUAUCGAGGUGACAAUCCUAGUCCUUGACACGGAUGGUCAACCCUUGGAGGAAUGCUUGUUUGGAGCCGCGGGGAUGGACGGUAGCUCCGAGUACCAGAGUUUAGUCAUAUAUCAUUACAACAGCCCGUCGUGGGCAGAAACCGUGAGACUAGCGAUACCCAUCGACAAAUUCUACGGAAGCCAUGUGCGUUUCGAGUUUCGGCAUUGCUCCACGCGUGAGAAAAACGAUAAGAAAUUUUUUGCUUUCGCAUUUGUCCGACUGAUGGAACCUGGAGGAGCAACUCUUCAGGAUGGCCCGCAUGAAUUAUAUAUUUACAAGUGCGAAGAACGUGCGAAAUUGGACUCGCUGAGUUAUCUAUCGUUGCCGAGCAGUGCGAGAGAACCGAGUACAUCAGGUCCAUCAACCUUUUCCAGAUCACCCAAGGAGACUGUAUUUGUGCACACUCUACUCUGCAGUACCAAACUGACGCAGAAUGUCGACUUGCUUAGUCUACUGCAGUGGAAGGCACAUCCUGAGCGAAUAUCUGAAGCUCUCGGGCGUGUGCUUCGACUUGAUGGUGAAGAACUGGUUAAAUUUCUGCAGGAUAUCCUCGAUUCACUGUUUGCCAUGUUCCACACGGAGGACGGCAACUCCACGGCACACUCAGGCCUUGUAUUCCAGGUGCUCGUAUCUAUCUUCAGCCUAUUGGAAGACUCCAAGUUUGAACACUUCAAGCCAGUAAUGGAUGCCUAUAUUUCGGACCAUUUUGCCGCGGCGCUAGUUUACAAGGGCCUGCUCAGCAGCGUACAACACUGCGCUGACUGGGUGACCGCGGCGGAAAAGCAGGAACCGAUCAUGAAGUGCUUCCGCUCGCUCGAAUACAUCUUCAAGUUCAUCAUCCAGAGUCGGCUGUUGUUCGCCCGAGCGACCGCCGGCCAGUAUGAGGACAGCUUCAAGCGCGAUCUUUACUGCGUAUUCGCGGCCCUCAACAAGAUGCUGGGGAUUCCAUAUGAAAUGGUAUUGUUGUCACAGAUCGCACUGUUGUUAUCGAUCGCGGCGGUGCUUGAAAAACUAGUGUCGGUAUUGCCGGUCCUCGAGGUGGCUAAACUCACCUGCACGAUGUUGGAUUCAGUGCCGCGCGAGCCGCCACUGCAGCUCACGCAGGCGAAACUGGUAGCUAUCAAGAAUCUCACUUCGUCCAGCUUGUUCCGCAAAGACGAUGAGAGCCGGAACCUGCUGCUUGUCACCAUAUGCCGCCACUUACGUGUCCACUUGGCACGCCGUGAGGAGCUACGCUCUUGUACCGACAUUCUAGGUGAGAUACUCAGCUUCCUGCAUAAGCGCGGCAGAGAUACAAACAAAGUGAACAAUUGUAUCCACCACGACGUCGAGACGUUGUGCUUGUCGGUGCUCGACGUGCUCAUACAGACGAUACUGAUCGUGAUAAACGCCAACGGACCGGUCCUCGGCUGCUUGGUCGCCUGUCUGAUCGGGCUGCUCCAGCUCCUUGACGAAUAUCACUACGCGCGACUCUGGGAGGAAUUGACGCACGCCGGUGAAAGAAAACCGCUCAAGGACUUUUUGCUGCGAGUGUUCCUGGUGCUGCGCGAUCUUGUGCGCCAAGAGGUCUUCCCACCGGACUGGCUGGUCAUCAGAAUGCAGGCCAACAACGUCAUUCUGAGGUCACUGCAGGAGCUUGCACAACCGCUCGCCUUCCGCUUCCUGCACGGCAGCUUCGACUCGCAGCUGUGGUCCACGUAUUUUAACUUGGCGGUAGCUUACCUCACUCAGCCGUCGCUCCAGCUAGAGCAGUUCUCUGAAGUGAAGCGGGAGAAGAUUGUUGAGAAGUACGGUGACAUGCGGGUGCUCAUGGGCUUCCAGAUACUGUCCAUGUGGUCGCAUCUUGGCGAGCGCAAAUUGGAGUUUAUUCCAGGUAUGGUUGGGCCCUUCCUUGAGGUUACUCUCGUGCCCGAGAGCGAACUCCGCAAGGCAACCUUGCACAUCUUCUUCGACAUGAUGGAGUGCGAGCAGCGAGCACGUGGUAGCUUCAAGUCCGUAGAGUCCGAGCUGAUCGAUAAGCUGGACAUCCUCAUCAGUGAGAACAAGGGCGAUGAUGAAUACAGGCAACUAUUCAACACCAUGGAACACCUUAGUGCAGUAUUGUUGGACAGAGUGCAGUCCGAGGAUCCCGCUUGGAAAGAUAGUGGUACGGCCUUCAUAACGUCCGUCACUCGUUUGCUGGAAAGGCUCCUCGAUUACAGGAGUGUUAUUCAGGGAGACGAGAAUCGUGAUAAGCGUAUGUCGUGUACCGUAAAUUUGUUGAACUUUUACAAGAAUGAGUUCAAUCGGAAGGAGAUGUACUUACGUUACAUCUACAAGCUGCAUGACCUGCAUUUAGCCGCGGAGAAUUACACCGAAGCCGGAUUCACAAUGAAGCUAUACGCCGAUCAGCUUGGUUGGGGUUCGACCGUGCUACCGCCCGAUCAUGCUCAUCCCCAGCAACCCGAAUGGGAGCGCAAAGAAUUGCUUUAUCACAAGAUUAUUCAUUACCUGGAUCGCGGCAAAUGCUGGGAGAAGGGUAUUCCUCUAUGCAAGGAACUGGCGAUCCUCUACGAGUCCAGGUUGUACGAUUACGCGAAGCUCAGCCACGUACUGAAGCUACAGGCCAAAUUUCUGGAUAAUAUUCUGACGCAGCUACGUCCGGAGCCAGAAUACUUCCGCGUUGGAUUCUAUGGCCUCAGCUUUCCCCUUUUUGUUAGAAACAAGUUAUUCAUUUAUCGUGGCCUGGAGUAUGAGAGAAUAGGAGCAUUUACACAGCGGCUCCAGACUGAGUUUCCCUGCGCACAAAUCUUGAUGAAGAACGCUCCGCCUGAUGAAAGCAUCCUGACAUCCGAGGGUCAAUACAUUCAAAUCUGUAACGUGAAGCCAAUUCCCGAGGAGGGCAGUUUGGCUUGCAGUGGCGCCGAAGUUCCAGAACGCGUGGUCGCCUUUUAUUUGGUCAACGAUGUGCGCAAAUUUACAUUCGACCGGCCGCUACACCGCGGUCCGGUGGAUCGCGAAAACGAAUUCAAAUCGUUGUGGAUCGAGAGAACGACGUUGACGACGGAAGCGAAACUACCAGGAAUCCUCAGGUGGUUCGAGGUGAUCGAAAAGAGAUCAGAAUUAUUGGCACCAGUGCAAUACGCUUGUGAGACUAUGCAGAGUGUGGAACGAGAGUUGAGGCGAUUAGUAGCGCAGUAUACUGCGGAGCCGCACAGGAAUAUCAAUCCGUUCAGCAUGCGGCUGCAGGGUAUCAUCGAUGCCAACGUGAUGGGAGGCAUCACAAAGUACCAGGAAGCCUUCCUCACGCCAGAAUUCGCCCGGCAAAAUCCUGAGAUGGUGCCGCACGUAAAUCGAUUGAAAGGACUGAUUCUGGAUCAGAUGAGUGUGUUAGAAUCCGGCUUGGUAUUGCACGGGCAGAUUGCACCGGCGGGCGUUCAGCCGUUGCACAAGAGGCUGAUUGAAAGAUUCACACAGCUCAAACAAGGCCUCGGACCACUAGCCAGACAGAGGACCAUUCAUCAAGACAGUAUUGUGAAUUCACCAUUGCCGCCCCUGCCAAUCAAUGACAAGCAGCGUCCUGCCACUUUAGAGACUGCUGGUUCCAGAGGGUCGCACGCUGACAGUGACGGCCUUCCAGAAGAUGAAGGCUUCUACACCAAAGUAGAUGGUGCACCUCCGCCUAUUCCGCAGCGAGAGGUACGGCCGCGUUCGGUUGGUUACGGCACAACUCCUCCUAGACCCACGCAUCAGAGAACUCUUAGUAAGCCAUUGAGUCCGAAAUUGCCACUGAGGCAUUCCUUGCCUACUCCUACCGAUGGCGUGGAUCAAAGUGGCCUCAGGAGCUCCUGGAGUGAACCCGGACCCGAACCUGCACCACCUCUACCACCCAGAGGCUGCACACCAGAUAAGCGGGAUUCGAACACAAAUAUGGUAGUGCCGCCGGCACCACCAAAGCGCGGCUUAGCGUAUAAACGCACCAACACUGAGUGGAGCACGGAUGAUGAUUCUGAGAUCACCGAACCGAGAAGCGAGUCGAAUGAUCUGCGCGACAGUGGUAUCUCUACAGCCAGCCUGCUGGACUUUCAGUCACACCUGAACAACCUCGGCUACGAGGACUUUGAACCGCGUUCCCGAUGCAACGACAUCAUGAACAUCUCGCCACCGUCUGUGAUAAGCGCACUCAACGUCUCCACCGGCAGCUUCGCCAGCGGCACAUUCCAGGGCUCGCAUUCUCUUCCCGGUCAAGAAGUAAGCCCUCCACCAAUUCCUCCGAAGGCUCAUCAGGACACUCCCUCAGCACCUUCGACAUUGGAGAGGGUGUCCAACAGGCAAACUCAUGGCCACUCAGAAAACUAUUCGGUGCCGAAGAUGCCGCUAUCUGUGGCGUCUGACACGGAGAGCACCGUGUAGCGACGAUGUAUCCCCCUAGUCGUUAGCGAUUAGCUUUUAGUGAUGUGUAUGUGCCAUCAUGGUCAGACACGAAUCCUCGUAUUUGAUAUCGUGUCUCUCGAGUCAUCGGGCGCAAUCUUUUAGACUGUAACUUAGGAUAAUUCUAAAAAUGUCGUCGUCGUCAUCGUCAUUCUCUCGUUGUGUCUAACAAGUGGAACGCGGAAAAGCAGACUCAGAUCUGUCGUCGUCGUUGUGCAGGUCUCCGGUGUCUGCAUAUCAUUCCGCACGUAGCGGAUAACAAAUCGUGAGCAAAUGGAAAUCCGAAACACGAUCAAACUCCUAACCAAACACAAACGAACGGACCGUAUCCAACUUGCGUACUUUGUAUUCGUAUCUUCGUAAAAAGAGGAAUCUUGAACAUUGAGAGCGUUAUGCAAGACGGUCCCUGUCUAACGCGACUCGGAUCGAACUCGUUUAAACGUGAUUGAUGAUCAAGCCGCGAAUAUAUAUAGAUAUAUAUAUUAAAUAUAUAUUGACUUUACGGUAAAGACCGCUCUUCCGAGUAUACACUCGCAAUCCACACAAACACCGACACUAUAUUUUGUAAUUUAUUUAUAUUUUCCAUAAGAAUAAAGGAAAUUUUGAAAUCAACGAUGCUGCUACAGCCUGUGUGCAGUGAUACUACUGACUUCCGAUUUCGAGUCGUGAUGCGGUUGUGGGAGAGGCGCUGGUAGGUGAGGGGAAGAAGAAAGCAAACUUCACCGAUAUUGAAGGGUAUAUAAAUUAUGCACAUUUCUUAUUUCUCUUUGUCUUCGUGUGAGAUAUAUAUACAAAAGUAUGAAAAGACCGCGUCGCACGAUUGUACGCUUCGACUUAUGCUAGCUCUUCCUAUUCUUCUUUUUCUUCUUCAUGGCAUGUAAAAUAAAGAGAGAGAUUGUAAAAUUUUAUAAAAAAAAACCGCGAACGUAAAUGAACGUAAAUGGAACCUAAAAUUAUACAUACACAAGUAGGAAAGACGCAGUGGAAUGCAUACAUUGCACAAUACUGAACUUAAGGAUAGAGAGAGAGAGAGAAAACUUAUGAUACGAUGAUGAAACGAGACUGAUGAGUACGCGAUAAUGAAUCAGAGAUCAUUCUCGUUCUCCGUGCUCUUCCGGACGCUGUUGCCGAUUAGCGGCAACAGUCAACCGCGGAAGAUCGGAGAUUCGCAAGUCAGAGCCGCGACGCUCCCGAGUCAAAGUAACAAUAAGCGCAGGUAUUUUAUGUCGGGUCGAAUAAUUGAACGGUUCAGUGCGCAACGUGAAUCCGCGAGUUAUAUCUGAAAAAUAAAACUUCUCUAAUCACGAUAUAAAAAUAUACAAAUCAGAAAUAUACAAAUUUAUAAGAUAAUUUUAUGAUAAAUUAUUUAUCUUUUUUUGAUGCGCACUGAAUCCUUAAAUUAUGAUACUGGACAAACGUAACCGCCAUAUUUUCCGACGAUGUAAGCGAUAAUCGUCGAUUCUUAAUGAUAUCCAUUAAAUAAGUAGUUAUCACUCUCUUAGCGAUCGUGUCGUUUACACUAUUAGAUCGUCGGAAGAUACUUCAGCGUGACGUUUAUUUCGCAGGAUCGCUCCGACGGACCGUACAUAUGCGAUAUAUGAACAGGCACUCACACAUACAUGCUAAUUAAUAUGGCUAAGUAUGUAAGUACGCAGUCAUGGCCGCUUUUUAAAAUAUAUAUAUCGACGAUCGUACGAGUCUUUAUUGCGCGUUGGACACUUAAACUAGACGUAAGCUAAAUUACUUUGUACGUUGCUCUCUCGUUUUGUGGCACGGGCCUCGUCAGACGGACGUUUCCGCGUUAGUAUCCUUCCUGUAACAGCGACAAUCGCGAUUAUUCGGGACCGUAUGAGCAAUAUAUAUAUGUAUAGACAGAGAAAGAUUAGCGGACAGUCGUUGAUGCGAUUUAUUCAGCAGGCUUGUAAUAGGAUGAUCGGCAUGCUUACCUCCUCGCUGAUGGUUUUUAGUCGUCAGAGCAAGCACGGAUCACAGAAAAGAUACAGUUACGUUAGAAAGUUCCAACGCCACCUUUUGCACAAACACCAAGGAAAACGGGAAACCAAAGAGAAAUCAGAAUGAAUUAAAACGAGCGUUGCAUAUAUACAGGACUGCGCUAUUCUGCUAAACCGCUACGACUUAAGUAUGUUAGAUACCGCCGCCCACCUUUUUUAUAUACGUUGGAUGUGACGUGCUCUUGUAUUAUCCUUUUGUAAAUUAUUUUAUAUCUUGACGAAUACGAACUUCUCGAAUAAUCGUUUAUAUAAAGGUUUCUAUUUUUAUUCAAACGU